AUAGAGAGACUUGGGAUUGGCAGAACUUGAAGUACCGGACAAAACUCAGAGUGGCUUGGAACAUUCUUUAUCUUGCUGAAGUAUUCUGUCAUUCUCUACAAUCCUUGCCUAGAUGUGAUUUAUCCAGUAUUUACUCCUUUCUAGAUCAAUUUAUGAUUUUAGUCAACUAUUUGGCUAUACGAGAAACAGAUACUUUGAUUCGUUUCUGUAAAUAGAGAACGCCAAUAUAUCCAAAUCACAGAGAGCUGAAGGCCAUUAUUGGCUGUAUGCACAACAAUUUUUUUUUUAAUGGGGUCCCAAAGGAUCACUUUAAGCCUGUUCUUUCUCUUAGGCUUGUUCUCUUCAGUUGUUUGCAACACUCAAGAAAUUCAAUCUGAAGAUGGUCUGCUAAAACCGUUUGACAAUUGGUGCAAGCAACAUUCAAAAACUUACAGGGAUGAAGAGAAGGUUUUAAGAUUCCAAGUGUUCAAGGAAAACUUACUUUACAUAGAGGAACACAACAAGAGAGCUAACUCCACCUUUAAAUUAGGGCUUAAUGUAUUUGCCGAUCUUAAAUAUGAGGAGUUUAGAGCUCAACAGAUGGGUUUAAAAGUGCCCCUGCCAUUGGUGAGGAAACGGAAAGAGGAAACCAACUUUGGAAAUAUUGAAUUAUAUGACAUUCCGUCUUCUUUGGAUUGGAGAGAAAAAGGUGCCGUUACAAAUGUCAAGGACCAGGGAUCUUGCGGUGACUGUUGGGCUUUUUCAGCGACUGGGGCAAUUGAAGGCAUAAACAGUAUUUUUACAGGCUCUCUGGUUAGCCUCUCUGAACAAGAGUUGUGUGAUUGCGACACAUCUUAUAAUAGUGGUUGUGAUGGAGGACUUAUGGAUUAUGCUUUCCAAUGGGUAAUAAGAAAUGGUGGAAUUGAUACAGAGGAGGACUAUCCUUAUGUAGGUGCCGAGAAGACUUGUAACAGAAAAAAGGUUAAUAGGCAAGUGGUGACUAUAGAUGAUUACAUAGAUAUACCAGCAAACAAUGAGAGAGCAUUGCUACAGGCAGUUGCAAAACAACCUGUUAGUGUGGGCAUUUCCGGUGGGGGACGAGCAUUCCAGUUGUAUUCUGAUGGCAUCUUCACUGGUCCAUGCACAAGUUCACUAGACCACGCUGCACUGAUAGUUGGUUAUGGUUCACAAAAUGGCCUUGCUUACUGGAUUGUGAAAAAUUCAUGGGGAAAAAAUUGGGGCAGGAAUGGGUAUUCUUACAUGGUCCGAAACACAGAUGUUCCUGAAGGCAUAUGUGGAAUCAACACUUUAGCAUCCUAUCCAAUUAAAACAAACCCAAAUCCUCCACCACCCCCUCCAAUCCCUACACCAGUUAAGUGUGAUGUACUUCGGUACUGCCCAGCUGGAACCACAUGUUGUUGCACACAGCACAUUUUUAGAUUCUGUAUAACUUGGGGUUGCUGUAAGUUUGAAUCUGCCAUAUGCUGCAAAGAUCAACAAUAUUGUUGCCCUCAAGAUCACCCCAUAUGUGACUUGGCUACUCAACAGUGUCGGAAGGCUUCAAGAAAUACGACAAGAUUAAAUGGUCUUUCUAGCAUGACAGCUUCCAUUCUAUGACACAACAUUGGUAAAAAUAUUCCUACGUGAAGAUAAUGAAAUCUACAAAAUGGGAUUAGCUUUUGUUUGGAGAUUAUAGUCAGCUUAAGUCCCUCGUGUUCAAAAGUUCCUUUUCCUUCUAAAUUUUGAUGUAGGCUGCAAAAGAAUUACAUUUUUUCAUUAGAGAUCAAUAUUUAUUCAAAAGUUAUACUUCAUAGGAAAUUAGAUAAUUAGUAUGAAGCAGAGGGGCUAGUCUUUGUUCCUUGGCAUUCCAUGUUGACAUCAGAAUGUUGUUCUUAUUCAACUAUUUUUAACUGGUGUGCAUAGUGAUCAUUGAUGCUAGAAUAAGCUUGAUGGACACUUUUUAACA